CAGAAAGAGAGACAAUAAAUUGACGCACAUGGUUAUUAAUAUAAGACUUUAUAACCUCAAUUAACUUGUAGAUAAAUAAAUUAAUGUUGUAAUUUAAUUGAAAGAAAAAGUUAAUAAAUAAAUAUGCCUGUUUUACAAAGAAUUGUAAAACCAAAAACCCACAAGGGUAAAAGAGCCAUUGUUAACAGAGAACCAAAAUUAAUUGAAGAUCUUAAAGAUACAUUAUGUAUCAAAGGAAGUACAGCUUCUCAAUAUGUCAAUAAUGCCAUGAGAGAUUUGUAUGAUUUGAAAAAACCAUCAGCAGCAUUAUUACAAAAGAAAAAUAUAAUAUUACCAUUUGAGGAUAUAACACCAAUUGAAAAUUUCAGUCGUAAACAUAAUGCUCCAUUGUUUAUGUUUGUAUCAAAUAAUAAAAAACGUCCACAUAAUUUAAUAAUGGGAAGAACAUAUGAGCAUACAUUACUUGACAUGAUUGAAUUUGGAGUUGAAAAUUAUGUUAGUUUAAAAGAAUUUAAAACUGAUAAAAUAUCAACUGGUUUAAAGCCAAUGUUGGUAUUUAAUGGUGAAUUAUUUGAUACUAAUCAUGAAUAUGGACGUAUUAGAAAUUUAUUUGUUGAUAUGUUUCAUCGUGAAGUUGUUGAUAAUGUUAGACUUCAAGGAUUAGAACAUGUGUUAAGUUUUACUGCAUUUGAGAAUAAAAUAUAUCUCAGAAGUUACAAAGUAUCAAUGAAAAAAUCUGGUACAAAAACACCAAGAGUUGAAUUAGUUGAAAUUGGACCACGUAUGGAUUUAGUUGUAAGACGUACAAAAUUAGCAUCUGAUGAUUUGUUCAAACAAGCUACAAGAAAACCCAAGGAACUUAAAGUUAAAAAGAAGAAAAAUAUUAGUACAGAUAAUCUUGGCUCUACACAUGGAAGAAUUCAUUUGGGAGUACAAAAUAUUAAUAGUAUUCAAACAAGAAAAAUGAAAGGUCUUAAAAAAACAAUGGCUGAACGUAAAGAAGAACGUAAAAGAAAAUUACCACAAAAUAAUGACACUGAUAAUUCGAAAAAAGCUAAAAAUAAUUAAUUAAAACAAAAAAAACAUUUUCUCUUUAUAACAAUUGUAUGAUUUAAUUAUUUUUUAUUAAAAUUUAAAACAAAUCUCUUACAUAC